AUGACGGAAGUUAUAGCAACAGAAGAAAUGAAGCAGCAGACGCGAGCAGAAGCAAUUCUGAAAGGCUUUCAAGUUAAUUGGAUGAAUUUACGUGAUGCAGAUACAGAUGUUUCAGGUAAAAUCCUAUGGCAGCAUAACGAAGAUAUGUCCAAUCCAGAUGUAGAGCAUGAAGCUCGGGUUCCGAAGCGUAUUCUUAAAUGCAGAGUUGUAUCUCGUGAGCUCAACUUCAGUUCCGUUGAAUCAAUGGAACGUUUCAGGCUAGAACAAAAAGUUCUGUUCAAAGGACGGUGUUUAGAAGAGUGGUUUUUUGAGUUUGGCUAUGUUAUUGCUAAUUCAUGUAACACUUGGCAGUCUAUGAUUGAGUCUGCACCUGAAUCUCAGAUGAUGCCAGCAAAUGUUCUAAAUGGUAAUGUGGUCAUCGAGACAAAGUUCUUUGAUGGAGAUAUGCUCAUUACAACUUCGAAAGUGAGGCUGUUUUAUAUUUAA